GUACGUGGCACAUAGCCCUGGCUGGCUGCUGGCUGCUGCUCUAAGCACAGCUAGGAAAACCGAGAGAGCAGGGACCUCAGGAAAGCUGGCAGGGAAUAUCACAACCACCUUCCUCACCUUGCUUCGCCAACACGGAACUACUUCCAGGUAGCACCAUUUGGCCUUCCUAUAAGGAAGUGUGUCACUGUGGGGCAGGCUUUGAGGUCUCAUGUAUGCUCAAGAUACCACCCAGUGUCUCAGACCACUUCCCGGUGCCUACAAGAUGCAGGACUUUUAGCAACUUCUUCAGCACCACGUCUUCCUGGACAUCACCAUGUCCCACCAUGAUGAUAAUGGACUGAACUUCUGAAACUGUGUGAGACCCUGGGCAAGCCACUCCGCCUCUCUAAGCUCCGACCGGCUCGUCUGUAAACAGGGGCAGUCACCCUGCUCUGCCAGCCUUGCAGGGUUGUUGUGAAGUUUAGAUGCGGAGAUUGGCAGCAGGACAAGGCAGCUGGCCGCCCAAGAGAUCCACAGUAGGUCGGUGGGCCAGCCACGGCCAGGAGGCCCAGGUCUCCCGAAGAUCGUCCUACCCCACAGCUGCCGCUGCUGUACAGACACAGUCUCUCUUCACGGGCUAAACACAACCUAAGCUUGGGCAUCCCAGCUCUCGGCCAGCAGCAGCCAUGAACUAUGUGGGGCAGCUGGCAGAGACCGUGUUUGGAACUGUUAAGGAACUGUACAGGGGCCUAAACCCUGCCACGCUGAGCGGCGGCAUCGAUGUGCUGGUCGUGAGGCAGCCAGAUGGCUCCUUCCGAUGCUCACCCUUCCAUGUUCGGUUCGGCAAGCUAGGUGUCCUGCGGUCACGGGAAAAGGUGGUGGACAUUGAAAUCAAUGGAGAGCCUGUAGAUUUGCACAUGAAGCUGGGGGACAGCGGCGAGGCCUUCUUUGUCCAGGAGCUGGACAGCGAUGAGGAAGAGGUGCCUCCUCGCCUGUGCACCUCACCCAUCCCCUGGGGAGGCCUGUCAGGCUUUCCCUCAGACUCCCAGCUGGGCACAGCCAGUGAACCCGAGGGCCUCAUCAUCACUGGGCGGAGAAAGAGGCGGCGCAGGAGAAAACCCAGGCGCAGGGAGGAUGCUGUGGACUCCAGUUCUGAGGAGCUGGAGGCAGGUGCUGAGAGUGAGCUGCCCUCGCAGGAAAAGUUGACAGCAGAGUCCCCAAGUGCUCAGGAGGAGGAGGAGUCCUCACCACAGCCGAAAGACAUCUACCCUUACUCUGAUGGCGAGUGCACCCCGCAGGCCAGCCUCUCAUCGGGUGACCUGAUGUCCCCUAAGAGUGACUCUGAGCUGGAGCUGCGGUCCCUGGAGCCAAGUCCCCUGAGAGCUGAGUCUCACAUGCAGUGGGCCUGGGGGAGACUGCCUAAGGUGGCGAAAGCUGAGCGACAUGAGUUGGCUAUGGUCCUUGACAGUAUGGCCGAGGCCAUCUCUGCUCUUCCCGGGGAACCUGAACCUAGCCCUUCCUCCUCUGAGGCUGGUGUGGACAUUUCGAGACUCCCCAUGCUACAACCAGCAGCCAGGGAGGACACAGUGCUUCCUGAUGUGGAGACACAUUAUGAGGAAACUCUAGUGGGUUCUCCCCUUGCUGCCCGAGAGACUAAGGAAACCAAGACUCAGAAUUCUAGGGGUGCGGGUCACCCUCCUGCCACUAAGUCAUGGAGCUGGGCCACUCUGGAGAGCCACAUUCCCUCUGGGCAUCCAGAAGUCUCCAAGGGAAAAGGUUCCCUGAAGAGAAACCACCAUCUGGGCCCCAGUGACAUCUACCUGGAUGACCUGUCCUCCCUGGACUCUGAGAAUGCAGCCCUUUAUUUCCCCCAGAGUGAUCGCGGCAUGGGGCCCAGGAGGUGGAGUGAGCCCAGCAACCAGAAACUCUUGGAGAACCCCAACUCUGAACACGUAGCAGAACCCACCCUGGACUCAGUGGACAAAGUAGCAUUGUCCCUCUGUGGUGGACUGGCUGAAACCCGAGACAUCCCCCUGGAGAAGUUCAACCAGCACAUGGUCUCCUAUGAGGACCUCACUAAAAAUCCUGGGCUCCUGGACGACCCAAACCUCGUGGUGAAAAUCAAUGAGAAGCAUUAUAACUGGGCUGUGGCUGCCCCCAUGAUCCUUUGUCUGCAAGCCUUCCAGAAGAACUUACCCGAGAGCAGUGUGGACAAGCUUGAGAAGGAGAAGAUGCCCCGGAAGGGUGGCCGAUGGUGGUUUUCCUGGAGACGCAGGGACUUCCCAGCCGAGGAGCACAGUGCCCAGAGGGAGAAGACCGCAGCCAGGGAGCAGCAGGGCCACAGAGAGAAGAUGGAAGUCCUAAGCAGCGAUGACGAUGCCCCAGACAGUCCUGUGAUCCUCGAAGUGCCCCGACUGCCACCUCCCACUCCGGGCUGCAUCCCUACCUACAAGAAGUCCCUUCGCCUGUCUUCUGAGCAGAUUCGGUAUCUGAACCUGCACGAAGGAGCUAACGAUGUCGUCUUCAGUGUGACUACCCAGUACCAAGGCACCUGCCGUUGCAAAGCCACCAUCUACCUGUGGAACUGGGACGACAAGGUGGUCAUCUCUGACAUAGAUGGCACCAUCACCAAGUCGGAUGCUCUCGGUCACAUUCUGCCCCAGCUGGGGAAAGACUGGACACAUCAGGGCAUCACUAGUCUCUACCACAAAAUCCAUCUAAAUGGGUACAAGUUCCUGUACUGCUCAGCACGGGCCAUCGGCAUGGCUGACCUCACCAAGGGGUACUUGCAGUGGGUGAGCGAGCGUGGCUGCGGCCUUCCUAAGGGCCCCAUCCUGCUGUCUCCCAGCAGCCUCUUCUCUGCCCUCCACAGAGAGGUGAUUGAGAAAAAGCCAGAGGUGUUCAAGGUUGCCUGCCUGAGUGACAUUCAACAGCUGUUUCUGCCCCAAGGACAACCCUUCUAUGCUGCCUUUGGGAACAGACCAAAUGAUGUUUUUGCCUACCGGCAGGUGGGCCUCCCUGAAUCUCGGAUCUUCACAGUCAACCCCCGGGGAGACCUCGUUCAGGAGCUCAUAAAGAACCACAAAUCCACGUACCAGCGGCUCGGGGAGGUGGUUGAGCUUCUUUUCCCACCCGUGGUGCGUGGCCCCAGCACAGACCUGGCCAACCCUGAGUACAGCAACUUCUGCUAUUGGCGGGAACCACUGCCACAUGUGGACUUCGAUGCCCUGGCUUGAACCUGCCCUGACCAUUCUCCUUGCUCUGACCCAGGCCUGAUGGGUGCCAAGGACGCUGAGGAUUGGAAGAUGAGUGAGACGGGGCCAACCCAGCAAAGGGGCAACACGUUGGUGGGCAGCCACAGACCUUCCCUUCUUCUUGAAACACAAAUGCUGUUGUCUUUGGUGUGAUUACUCAGUACCAGGGCACCUGCCACCACAAGGCCAUCUACUUGAAGAAAUGGAAUAGCAAAGCAGUCAUCUCUAACACAAAUGGCACCAUCAUCAUCUGAGGCCCAGCGGGCUGUGGGGAGCAUGGGGGAUACCUAGGGACCAUGCGUGUGCCUAGGACCUACCCCCAGGUAGCUCCCUGGGGGCAGCUACCCCCAGGCCUAAGUACAGCCCUGACCUCCAACAAUUAAAUGUAUCGCUAGACCCUUGCAGGAUUCUCUAUCCCCCUAGGUCAGUGGUUCUCAACCUGUGGGUCAUGACCCUUUCAUAGGGGUCAUAUAUCAAAUAUUCUGGAUAUUUACAUUACAAUUCAUAGCAGUAGCAAAGUUACGCAAUUAAUUAUGAAGGCGUAAGAACAAUAAUUUUAUGGUUGGGGAGGGGGUCACUAUAACACGAAGAAACAGUUAAAGGGUCACAGCAUUAGGAAGGUUGGGAACCACUGCCCUAGGUAUAUCUGUCACUGUGGCCUUGCCUCAAAUUGUGAUAGAACAGAGGAGGUGGCCUCAUGAAAACUCGACACCUAGAUGGAGAGUGAGUAAGGGUGUCACCAGCAGGCCCCUUUGCAUCCAGCAACAACCCCUUUCUCAGGGUCUGGCUGCCUCGUGGGAACACCGCUAUCCCAUCCCUUCCUGGGAGCCCAGACUACCCUUCCAAAGCCAGGUGUUCCUAUACGCCCAUAGUUCCUGAUCCGCACAUCACUUUUUCCUCUAAAUGCUUUGAACUUUCAGCCCAAGCCAGGAUGGUCCAGAGCCCCUCUGACAAGAGAAAAGAGGGACGUGCGGGGGUGGGGUAGGCUGGGGUUUGCAGAAGGGCUUGUGAAGUGUGGUUUCUGCCAGCCUUGUCCCUGCCAAACCACUGCCCAGCCGCUCUCGACCCCUUCCAAAGGGCUCAGCCCAGUCCUGGCUACGGCAGAUGGUGUUUGCUGACCAUUCUGCUCUGGCUUCGGCUGGUCAGUCUAGUGUCCAGUUGGCUGCAUGAGCUAUCAUCCAAGGCACAGUGGGACACAGAAUGACAUGUCAGUAGCCUACCCUCCCACUGCUACUAGUGAAGAAAACACCAUUAGACCAGUUCAAAGAUUUAAUCUCCGACCUGCUUUCCAGCCACACCAGAGGGGAGGGCAAACAUUGAAUGUCCACAAGCCAGGAUGCAGGACUGUGGGGGAAACAGCACAGCAGGCUCAGGCCGUGUUGGGGGAAAUUGAGGCCAGGGGUCAGUAGAGACCAACAGUCUCUAAGCACAUGUAUUUCCAAGUUGAGCCUUGACAGUUCCCUACCCCACCUUCUCUCCAGCUUAUGAACCUCCUGCCAAGGCUGUUGUAGGAUGUUAAAAAGCAAGGUUUUGACUCCUUUCCAUCCGGCUACCGCCUCUUUCUCGUGGUCUGUCUCAACAGACUUUCUAAGGCUGCUCUUGGCCAGAGGUACUGACCUGGGUGGCAGGGGAGAGAUUUUUCCUCUAACUGGAAGGACCACGUGGGUGUAUUUGUGAAUUCAAAGAAAAUGAUAAAUUGGGGUGGGGUCUCCAAA